AUGUGGGUGAAUCUUAUGUGCUCACUCUCUUCAACCAAUGCCACUGACAGACUCAGUGCGGAUACCUUCAGAAACCCGGACAAUACAGAGAUCCAAAUAGCCCUGGAUAUUUUCUUUGAGCGCAUCUAUCCCCUUCCGGGAUAUGCCUUUCUGCACCGCGCCUCACUGUAUGACCGGUUCCACCGAGGACAGGCCGAUCAGAGCCUCCUUCUGUCUAUUAUCGCUAUUUCAAUCUCUUUAACAGAGACAGACUCGUCGAAGCUGAGGUGUAUGAUGUGCCUUGGGGAGUAUUCCUCUGCAUUUCCGCUUGUGUCUCUACUUUCUCGGUUCGCCUUUAGUUUACGAUUGAAUUACGACAACCAGAGAGUUUGCUUUCUGGCCCGGGAAGCUCGUCGCCGUCUGAUGUGGGCUAUCUAUAUGCUUGACCAAACGUGGGCUGCGGGCCUGCUGGAAUUCACCACCUGUCCAGUAGAUGCUAUCUAUGUUGGUCUUCCGUGUCCUGAAGAGACAUGGGAGUUGGAUGUUUGUCCGGAGACGGAUGUGCAACUCAAAUCACAGACUAAGCUUCCUGGAUUACUAGCAGCAAAUGUUGGCGUGUGUUAUCUAAGGGACAAGGUUCUGCGUCAUGCAAAGCGAUUUGCCGCCGGCAGUUGCAGUGCGACUGAGAUAUUGUAUGGGAUACGAGAACUUGAAACCGAGUUAGGGCAGUUUUAUCUCCGACUACCCCCAUCAAGUGCCUAUUCAGAGAGGAAUCUUAGACUCCGUGCCCAUUCACCCUGGCUUCCUAGGUUUAUUCUUCUACAUGUUCUUUGGCACCAGUGCUAUUGUGAUCUGUAUCGCUGUAUUACUAGCGGGCUAAUCGAGUCUGUCCCGGCAUCCACCUUGAAUCAAUUCGACCCUGUGUUUGUUCUCAAAUGUCGGGAACAGUGUACACACCACGCUGUACAGAUUGCAAGUAUUAUUACCUCGCUGAUCGAUCUCAGGCUGGAGAUCUCAGUCCUUCCACUGGACAUGGCUGUCUACAAUUGUAAGCUAGUCGCCAGUUGGCAGGCAAAGAACAUCCAACAGCAAGGUCCUCGUCAGAUUCUCUCAAUUCACAGCUUGAUAGCUAGGUCGGAAUUUGUUGAUGACAGCGAGGAACUUGCAUUCCAGGAUGCACAUGCUGGCGACAACGCAUCUGUCUAUCAGAAGGAUAACCACGAAUACAGCGGACCACUAGACACGUUAGGGCUGCCGUCUCCACUGCCCAGUUUCGACUCUGUAGAGGGUAUGACACCAGGCCCAACCAUGACAAGUCAGAUGUGGCUACAGGGCCCCAAUGCAUUCGAGGGGGCAUGGGACGAACCCGGAAUUGGAUUUGAUUUAAUUCGGCAGAUGCAGUGGGAUGGUAUGGGGUACUUUGGUUGA